CCGCCUAGUGGUAACAGUGUCACUGGGCAAUGGCAGCGGUCACGGAAAGAGAGGAGGAGCCAGCGGCUGCAGCUCUUCCUCCUCCCCCAUGGAGUGAGUGAGUUGGCUGCCAGUGUGUGCUGUAUCUUUGUAUGGCUGUACUGUAUCCCUCCUUUCACUAACCUUUUGUCUCCUUCCUCCCAAACCACCUCCACCCCUCCCCUCCCACUACUUCUUGCGAGUUCCUUGCUGCUGCGGCUGCUUGCUUCCCUCAUCUCUAGUCUGUACACUGGUUGGAGUGGUUGCUAGUGUUCUCCCCACUUGCUCCUCUCAAUCCCCUCUCCAUGGAUGUGCACACAUCCUCCUCUUCCUCUUCAUCUUCUGGUGGUUGCUCGGUUCUUCUGGCUUGAAGCUGAAGCGUUCGCCUCGUCUGGGGAAAAGCUUCCGUUUCGCGUUCCGUUCUUGGUGCCACUGCUGUGGUAUAAAGGCGGAAGCUCGAGCCAUCUUCUGAAGAAAUCUAGGCGGAAGAUCGCUCCGUCGCUGCGGUUUCGCGGCGACUGUGGCCGGUUGCCGCAUCGCGGGGCUGGGUUGCGGUGGAAAGGGGCGGCGUCGUGAGGAAAUCUUGCGCUGCAACCAAUCGUUCUGCUGCCCCUUGCUUUCUGGGCGGUUGUCGGUGCUGCCUUUUGUAGUAAAGGGUGGGAUCUUGCGGCCGGCGGUGGCGGCAUUGCCGGAUCGAGCAAUCUUCGACGACGACCUCCGUAUCUGCGUGACCGAUCUGGCGCAGUUGGUCAUCUCUUCGCCGGCAUUGUGAGGCGGGCUCGCCGGGUGGUGUGGAUUGCUGCGGUGAGAAGAGCAAAGGAGCGGAGCUCUGCGCUGUGAUCCAAGCGGGCUCCUGCUCGCCAGGUGUUCGCCGAAAGGCCCAAGGAAGCGAGCCAUGAGGGACUUCCCGUCCUGCUUCGGCGAGAGCGGCGUCCAGAUCGCGGACGCGUCGUCGUCGUCGUCCAGCGCCGGCAAGGGCGCGGCGCAGAACCUGGUGACCUGCCUCUACCAGACGCAGUUCUCGGGCCGGCCCUGCGUGAUCUCGGUCACGUGGAGCAAGAGCCUCAUGGGGCAAGGUCUCAGCAUCGGCGUCGACGACCUGUCGGGACACUGCCUGUGCAAGGCGGACAUCAAGCCGUGGCUCUUCUCCAAGAAGAAGGGGUCCAAGUGCCUCGACGUCGAGGACGGCAAGAUCGAGAUCUUCUGGGACCUGUCGAGCGCCAAGUUUGGUGCCGGACCAGAACCAGUGGAGGGGUUCUAUGUUGCAGUCGUGUUCGACCUUGAGCUCGUGCUCUUGCUUGGUGACAUGAAGAAGGAUGCUUACAGGAAGACUGGAGCCAAUCGGUCGAUGCUGAAUGCCGCGUUCGUGGCAAGAAGGGAGCACAUAUAUGGCAAGAAGAUCUACUCUGCUAAGGCGCAAUUCUGUGACAAUGGCCAGUUCCAUGACAUUGUCAUCGAGUGUGAUACCAUCGGUCUAAAGGAUCCAUGUCUCGAAAUAAGGGUUGAUAAGAAACCCGUGAUGCAGGUGAAGCACCUGGCGUGGAAGUUUAGGGGAAAUCAGACAAUCCUCAUUGAUGGCUUGCCUGUGGAAGUGUUCUGGGAUGUCCACAGCUGGCUCUUUGGAUCAACAGCGAGCAAUGCAGUGUUCAUGUUUCAGACAUGCCAGGCACCUGAGAAGUCACUGCCAUGGUCGUACUCGCAGAUUUUUAGGGAGUCCCAGUUGCAAGGUCUUGGUUUCUCGCUGAUCCUGCAUGCAUGGAAGCUUGAAUAGUUUUUUUUGCAGGAUCACAAUUUGCUUCUGCACCUGCCUCCUUUUCUUUAGUGCUAACAAAAGAUGUUUUGUUAAGUGUCUGUUCAUCAGAAUGCUAUGGAGGCUCUCCAAUAUAUGUUCUUUCAUUUGAUUUUGUUUUGCCAUCUUUUAUAAACACUUUGUUUGAAUGGUUGGCAAGAUUAUGUGAUA